AUGAAGAACCAGGAUCAAGCUAGGUUCCUGUUUGGGAUUUCACUCUCUGAUAGGCCCAGGUGGCAACAGUUCCUCAUUUGCUCUUCUGGGUUCUUCUUUGGUUACCUCGUUAAUGGCAUUUGCGAGGAAUACGUGUAUAAUCGUCUCCAAUUCAGCUAUGGAUGGUACUUCACCUUUGUACAAGGUUUUGUGUAUAUCGCGCUCAUAUACCUUCAAGGUUUCACCACCAAGCAAAUUGUGAACCCAUGGAAGACAUAUGUGAAGCUCUCGGCCGUUCUUAUGGGUUCUCAAGGAUUGACCAAGGGAUCGUUGGCUUGGCUCAAUUAUCCUGCACAGAUAAUGUUCAAAUCAACGAAGGUACUGCCUGUGAUGUUGAUGGGUGCGUUUGUUCCUGGAUUGAGAAGGAGAUACCCAAUUCAUGAAUACAUCUCAGCAAUGUUUCUAGUAAUUGGUUUGAUCCUUUUCACCUUAGCAGAUGCACAGACAUCUCCCAAUUUUAGCAUAGCUGGUGUGAUAAUGAUAUCGGGUUCUCUAGUCAUGGAUGCCUUUUUGGGUAACCUGCAAGAAGCAAUCUUUACCGUAAAUCCGGAUACCUCACAGACAGAGAUGUUGUUCUGCUCAACAGUUGUUGGCUUGCCAUUUCUACUUCCACCCAUGAUUCUUACAGGAGAACUGUUUAAGGCCUGGAAUUCUUGUUAUGAGCAUCCUUAUGUGUAUGGCGUGUUAGUGUUCGAAGCCAUGGCCACAUAUGUUGGCCAAGUAUCUGUCCUAUCUCUCAUUGCCCUUUUUGGAGCUGCCACAACUGCCAUGAUUACAACUGCUAGAAAGGCAGUCACAUUGUUGCUGUCGUAUAUGAUAUUCACAAAGCCCUUGACAGACCAGCAUGGAACAGGCCUGCUGCUUAUAGCCAUGGGGAUCAUGAUGAAGAUGUUGCCAGAACACAAAGCCCCUGGCAGAAGUGCUGUUGCCAAACAUGGAAGAUCUUUGAAAGCGGGGAAGAGUCCGGUGACGAACGAAAAAGGAUCAGAAGUCGAAGAGGAAAGGUCUUUGGUGUGA